AUGACAGACGCGGAACCUACUCUCGCUGCCAGUUUGGCAUCCGAUGCUCCUACCAGUAAACAAACCGUCGAUCCAUACAAUGUCGCUGGAGAAAUUGGCGCAGAUGGAAUCGCAAAGGCUAUCAAUUAUUUGACUUUGAUCGAUGAGUUUGGAACCAAGAAAAUUGAGGAGGCGGAUUUAAAGAGAUUUGAGGAGGUAACUGGUCAUAAACCUCAUAGAUUUAUGAGAAGAGGAAUUGUCUUCAGUCAUCGUGAUUUGCAUCUUAUGCUGGAUCGCCAUGAGAAGGGGGAACCAUUCUUCAUGUAUACGGGACGAGGACCAAGUAGUGAUAGUAUGCAUAUUGGACAUACUGUUCCUUUUGAAUUUACAAAAUGGUUGCAAGAUGUAUUCGAUGUUCCAUUGAUCAUCAUGCUUACAGAUGAUGAGAAAUAUAUCUUCUCCGAGAAACGUACAAUUGAGGAAGUUCAAAGUUAUACCAAUAGUAACGCGAAAGAUAUCAUUGCUGUUGGAUUCGACCCCAAGAAGACAUUCAUCUUUAGCGAUUAUGAUUACAUGGGGGGAGCGUUUUACAAGAACGUUACCCGAAUCUCCAAGCACGUUACAUUGAACGUUGCACGAGCUGUCUUUGGCUUUAAUGAUAGUUCCUGCAUAGGCAAAAUCCAUUUCGGAGCUGUCCAAGGUGCAACAUCCUUCGCUAACUCCUUCCCACACAUCUUCGGCACUGAUGAAUCCAAAACUACUCAAAUUCCCUCCCUGAUUCCUUGCGCCAUUGAUCAAGAUCCUUAUUUCCGCAUGACCCGCGAUGUAGCCGCUCGUCUCCAUUAUGCCAAACCCGCACUUAUUCACGCUCGUUUCCUCGACGCUCUUCAAGGCCCCGGUUCCAAAAUGAGCGCUUCAGUCGAUACCUCUGCAAUCUUUAUGUACGAUGAACCCAACAAGAUUAAGAAUAAAAUCAAUAGAUAUGCAUUCAGUGGUGGACAAGUUAGCGAGCAAGAACAACGAGAAAAAGGAGGCGAUACAGAAAAAGAUGUUUCAUAUCAAUAUUUGACAUUUUUCUUAGAAGACGACGAGGAAUUAGAAAGUAUCAAGAAAGCAUAUAGAUCUGGAGAAAUGCUUACAGGAGAAUUAAAAGCAAGAUGUAUCCAGGAAUUACAAAAAUAUGUCAAGUCAUUCCAGGAGAGAAGAGCAAAGAUUACAGAUGAGGUUGUGGCGGACUUUUUCGCUAGAAAAGAGUUGGUUUGGGGUGGAAAUCCAAAUGCCAAGAAAGUUUCUCCCGCUGCUGGAGAGGAAUCUGCAAGCGGAGAAGGUGUUGAGGGAAGUGGGGAGGGUGCAGGAAAAUUGACGAAGAAUCAAGAGAAGAAAUUGGCCAAAAUGAAGGCAAUUGAGGAGAAAAAGAAGGCUGCUAAGGCUGCUGGUGGGGCCUAA